AUGUUGCAUGGACAUCAUCUACCCUUCAAGGGUGCAGCAUGGCCCCUACCAUUCACCAAGGCAUCCGAUUACAAGAGACGAGACAUUGACGACGAAAAGGACUGGAUCAUGCGUAUUCCGUUUGGACAGUACUUGAACGACACCGUUCGCAAUCACUUCGUGGCAUGUAGCGGAGAAUUCGUCGGAACGGUCUUGUUCCUUUUCCUGGCCCUGGGAGGCACUCAAGUCGCGAAUAACAUCCCCACUAGCUCCGGACAAACCGUCGCAGAAGUCGGGUCCAACCCGCAACAACUACAGUACAUCGCGUUAUGCUUCGGCUUCUCACUUGCCGUCAAUGCCUGGGUGUUCUUCCGUAUCAGCGGAGGACUCUUCAACCCGGCCGUCACAGUCGGAAUGUGCCUGAUCGGUGCUCUGCCAUGGGUGAGAGGAACACUGUUGUUCUUCACCCAAAUCGUCGGCGGUAUCGUCGCAGCAGCCAUUGUCUACGGCAUUCUUCCCGGUCCGCUUUCUGUUCAAACAACACUUGGAGGAGGAACCAGUACUGUCCAAGGCCUCUUCCUCGAGAUGAUUCUCACGGGACAACUCGUCUUCACCAUCAUCAUGUUGGCGGCCGAGAAACACAAGUCGACAUUCAUUGCACCGGUUGGUAUCGGUCUUUCGCUCUUCAUCGCCGAGCUUCUCGGGGUGUACUUCACCGGAGGAUCUCUCAACCCAGCACGCUCUUUCGGGCCCGCCGUGGUCACGUCAGACUUUCCGCAUUACCAUUGGAUCUAUUGGGUUGGCCCGAUGCUUGGAUCUUUCCUCGCCGCUGCCUUUUACAAAUUCAUCAAGGCCCUCGAAUAUGAAACUGCCAACCCCGGACAGGAUGGAGCCGAUAUUAUCGACAGACCAGUCACACGCGACGCGCAAGCCACAUCCAGUGAUGAAGAGUACCUGGAGCAGGAGAAGUCGCAUGUUCAAGAGGCAAAUAAGAAUGCCGACGGAAUUGGAGGCGUUGCCCCCCCAGACCAACGUAAAAACGACAUAUCAAUGGGCGGCGGCCAACAAAGCGGAGGAAAAGUUCAAAAAGCCGCCGUAGGCAUGGGAGGUGGUGUUGCCGGCGUAGAAGGCACCAAGUCGAAAACCGGCAUGGGACAAGGCUACGAAGGCGCACCACAAGCUCAAAAGAGUGAUCCCACCAUGGGUCAGGGUAGUCAGAAUUCCCGCCCUUAUAAUCGUGGGGCCAGCUACAUGGCUUAA